AGUUCAAUGUUUGAAUUUCAGCGCUGUUUCGCACGGAAUGGAGUUGAUUUUGCAUGUUUUAUGAAACUACUGCACAAAUUUAUGGUUAUCCGGUAAAUAGUUGUUUUUGGUGUAAAGAAAUCUUAUCAACGUUUAGGAAAUAAGGUGCGCAUAUUACUUGGUACCCAAGACGUUUUGGUUAAUAAAAAUUCCACCGAAAUAUUUUAACAGUACCACGAUGGUGGAGUCAGAAAUGACGGCUGAAGAUUCUGCACAGCAGCCGCAACGUCGGCAUAAAAUUCCCGUCCCCACAAACUACCGCGUCGCUUCCAAAAUUCUCCGCCAAGUGGUGGAGGAGAAACGCAAUGUUAAAUCUUUGAUUCUGGCGGAGAAGCACCUACGAAAGGGCAAAGGCCUCGCAAUGAUGGAUCUGAUUCUCGUGAAUCUGAAGCAAAUUGAAGACAUAUUGGCACGAACCGAAAUUUUGGUCAAGGAACCAAAGCUCAAUCCGUGGUUGGCUAAAGUUUUAGUGGCGGAGUUGAUCUUUGGGCGGGGUGAAUUAAAUGGGGACUCCGUUCCGGUCGAAUGUGUGAGGCGUUAUCACAGUGCGCUACAGGAAGCGCUAAGCAAUUCGGAUGUGGCACCGCCCAAGUUGUCCGAUUUUAAAGAGCCCCGUUAUGUCCGUAUCAACACUAACGCAAUUGCCCAGCCGGGUGCUCUCCGGUUGCUGCAAGAGGAGGGAUGGAUCCUGAUCGACGAGGAAUUCGUCAGCUAUGCGGAUUAUUUGGAGCGCGUGAAGAGUUUGGGCGAUUCGGAAUUUCUCGUUGAUUUUCAUUUUAAGGAAGUGCUUGUGUUUCCAAACAGCGCCAAGAACUACUGGGCACGAGCGACGGAGUUGAAACAGAAAUUCGUGCUUCAAAAUAAGGCAUGCCUUCUGCCGACGCGCCUCCUCAAUCCACCGAAAAAGUGCGUCGUGCUGGACAUGUGUGCCGCCCCGGGGCUGAAGACGACCCAUCUGGCCAACCUGAUGAAGAACAAGGGUCGCAUCUAUGCGGUUGAACGAGAUGCCACCCGGUACAAGCUGCUGUGCGAAUAUGCGGCCGAUUUUGGUGUCAUCAAAACGCUCAACGAGGACUGUCUGCUGGUGGGCGACGAGCAGGCACCCGGUGUGGAGUACAUUCUGAUCGAUCCGAGCUGCUCCGGUUCGGGUAUGGUGAGUCGGUUGAAGCUCAACGAGGAAACGGACAAGCAGCGGCUGUACAAGCUCGGAGGGCUGCAGUACAAGUUGCUGUGCCACGCUAUGAAUGCUUUCCCGGCUGCCAAGCGGAUUGUCUAUUCCACCUGCUCGAUCUAUCCGGAGGAAAACGAAGAGAUUGUGCAGGGCGCGCUGAAACACAACGGACACUUCAAGCUGGUGGAUGCGAAAGCGCUACUCGGGAUGGAAUGGCUGAAUUUUGGUUCCGCUGAUUACGCCGGAAUCGGGGAGAAAUGUUUGUAUUCGCGGCCGGAAAGUGAUCUGACCAUCGGGAUGUUUGUGGCCGUGUUUGAACGGUGCGAAGGGGAGGAAGAGUAUAACGAAGUGUAUAUGGCACACGAGAAGCAGAAGGAAAGCUACGACAAGCUUUCGAGAAUUGGCCAAGCGGGAUUUGGUAAGGGUAGAGGGAAAGAUAAGAAAAAGCGGGAAGUGAAGCAAUUAAAGGAAAGUGGACAGGACAUCAAAGAUUACCAAGAGACAGAACUGGAUGUUGACGAAAAUGAACACAAAUCAGAAAAACAUGAAGCGGAAAUGGAACUCACUCAAAACAAUACGAAGAAAAAGAAGAAGAAACAUAAGAACCUCGAAGUGAGUGCUGAUGUCGAAGAAUGUGAAGCGAAGCUUCCGAGUGAUCGGAAAGAGAAAAGAAUGAAGAGUCAGCAGGAACAGGAUAUGGAAGAAAACGGACAUAAUAUCGAAACAAAAUUCGAUGAAAUGCAAUCGGUCGACGAUUUCGAUAUUCCGAAGAAGAAGAAGAAGAAGAAUAAAAAGAAUGAAGAGUGUGAACAGGAACAAAUCAAACUCGAAACAUCGGGAACUGAAAGCAUUGGAAAUGAUGCGGAGAAAACGAAAAGUAAGGAAAAGAACUUCCAAGCGAACACAGCUCAUGAAACAUGUGAAGCAACAGAAAAUUCGCAGCCAUUAGAAAGUGACCAAGCUUCCCCCAAGAAGAAAAAGAAAAGAAAACAUGACAACGAAAUAUCGGCGAUCGAGACAGGAAGUGAAAUUCCCGAAAAUAGCCUUGAAGAUGGGAACAUUUCUAAGAAAAAGAAAAAGAAGAAGAGUGGUGAAUCUGUCGUAGACAUUGAGAUGGUAGAACAGACAGAUAGUUUGGCAAUUUCUGUGUUACCAAACAAGUCGAAGAAGAAGAAAAAGAGAAAUAAGGACGUUGAUACCGAUAAUGUUUAACAG